UUGCAGGAUGCUCCGGAAGCGCGAGCCGCGUGUCCUGUACGAAGGCGACAUUGUCUACCUCCAUUUCCAAGGCGACGGCUACGCGCACUCGGAUGGCUUUGUGGACGAGCGCCUCGGCUGUCUCCGUGCCGACCAUGCACGCGCUGCCACGUUUGAAGGGUGUCUCUUCCGCGUCGUGCCCAAGCUGACGUACGAAGCCGCAAAAGCACUGCACAAAAUCAAGGACGAGGCGCUGGACAAGGUCGAGCUCUUGAAGCAGCAGGCGGCUGCUGAGACCGAGGCCAAUGCCGCCGUGAUCCGCCACCUGGAGAGCAGCGGCCAAGGCAUCGUGUACGGCCAGAUCGUCCAGCUGCAGCACGUGUUGUCUGGCAAAUUCCUCACGUCCAAAGCCAAGACGCUCGCCGACGUUGACAAGACGAGCAUGAAGGUCACGCUGCAGGCCGAUGGGUCCAUGAAGGCCUACUUCACGCUCCUGCCACGGUACAAGACGCGGUCCGUCGGCAGCAGCGUCAUCUUUCACGACUCGGUGUGUUUGGCCCGCGCCAAGUAUACGAGCCACGUGCUGCAUCUGAGCGCCGCGCCGUACCCGCGCGAUGCGCUCGAUCGCAAAGAAAUCAACAUGAACUACAAGGAGUCGAUCUUGCAGCUGCAAAAGUACACCGAGUGCACACCACCGUCGUCGCGCAGUCUCCAGAUUGGGAAGCUCUACCGACUCUUCCAUCUCGAAGGCCAGGCGUACGUAACAUUCUCAGCCAACCCCUACGCCACAAAAGCGCCGUACCUGCGCCAAAUCGUCCCCGACUCCAACUAUGCGGCGUCGGCCAAUUUCACGCUCAAGUCGCUCUACGUGCUCGAGCGUCUCGACCCGAAAGAAGGUGGCGUCGUGACCGACUUUGACGAUGAGUACCGGUUCCGCCACCUCGCCACCGGACAAUACCUAGCCCUCUCGGAGGACGGCCGUCACCACGAAGUGCCCCUCGUCGGUGCACGCGCCGACGAAGGCCACUCGACCUUUUGCUUGCGACCGACAUUUGGAAGUCUCGGCUCGGGCAACAGUACCCAACUCACGUUUCGCAUCGAGACACCGCACCACGGCGAGGGUGGGCCCUAUCGGCUGCACAACCCAAACCGUGCCAAAGCCAACCACGCCUUAAAGCACAAGGCGAGUUAUCACUUUGUCGCCUCCACGCGGCUUUUGGACGAAGAUUGUUUUCGACUCGUGGAGGCGUCGGCCACCGAGGCGUACGAGGCGUUCUACCUCUCGAGCGUCGUGCAGCAUUUACGUCGGUACCGUGACGACGUUCAGUUGGCGCUGCAGAAGCGUGUGCCAGUGACGCACAUGUUCUUGACCAACACGCUGACCGCGCUCCGGAGCUUGAUUGCAUUUCUGCAAGCCGGGGGCAGCGCGGAAGACGCCGAUGGCCGCCCGAUUUUCCAUCGACAAGAGCAAGUGCGGGAAGCCAAGGUCCUCGACACCCUCUACGAGAUGCUUCGCGUGGUCAAGACCAACCACAUCUCGACCCAUGACCUUGCGACAGACCCGUCGCUCAAGGUCGUGCUGCGCGUGCACCGCCUCAUCAAUAAAGUGCUCGUGUGCGCCGUCAACGGCAACUUGGCGAAUAAGAACUACAUCGCGACGCGGUCCGCGACUGCCUACUACUAUACAGUCUCCAAGGCCAAUGAGGCGACUCCUGGAACGUACAUGGACGAGACGCUCGGCCAUAUUGGGUCCGAGACCGGCUCCAAGUCGGUGUACCGCAGUCUCUUUCUCAACAACAAGCAACUUCUCGAGCACUCGGUGGAUCUCUCGCUUAUCACGUCGAGCUGCCGCAACAUUGAAGCCAAAGGGGUCAAGGCGUUUGGCAUUCUGCAUUUUUUGUCGACCAUUUGCGCGUGCGACGAUGUGAAUUUACCCCAAAACCAAGAGCUGAUUGUGCGCGCGCUCUACAGUCUCACACUGCGGCCCGAGCUGCAAACGACCCGGUACAGCAUUCUCAUCGAAGCCGCCGCGUGCCCGAACCCUGUCCGGCCCGUUUCGCCCGCCGUAAAGGACUUUGUCGUGAGUGCGCCGAGCGGCGCGAGCAGCUUUGCCCACAACGGACACCCCGUCGGCUAUGAUAUGCUCAGCAAAGGCUACGUCAACAUCGUUGUGAGCUGGAAAGCCGCGCUGAACUGGGACCUGAACGGAAGCAGUGGGCUCUUCUUCACUCCUGCCGAGCUGCAGUUGACCCCGGUCGUCGACGCCGCCGUGAGCAGCGACCUCGCGCAGUACGAUCAGCUCGUGAACGCGGCGCAUCGCGAGUGGAUCCUUCUCGAGCACAUUGUGUGGACGCUCCAGCCCGACGACAUGUUCCCGCUCCUCUUUAACGGCAAAGUGUGGGCGACCGAGUGGGCCGAGAUACAGAGGGACCACGAGCGACUCGAAGUCUUUGAGCGCCUCAAAGCGUUGGCCAACUACUACAACCUGCAGCUCAUGUUGUUUGCAGAGCUCUUGCGCGGCCACUGCGCGACGUCCCUCGAGAUCUUAUCGGCGCAGUUUAGCUACAACAUGCUGCUGAGCGCUGUGGCCAACCCGGGCUUGCCGCACACGAUCCGCACAUCGUUUAGCACGAUGCUGCACUUGUGCUGGCUGCGCCGGUUCCCUCAUGAGCCGCUGCUGUUGCCCCGCUAUGUCUACGGCUUUGAUGACAUUCCCAAGCUCGACCGCCAAGCGCCGUUGCUCCUUGCACACUUUGAGCUGCAGCCAGGGCACCCGGCGCUUGCAUCGGACGACGCCUUCAUUGCCUACCCGUUCGCAGACAAGUUUGCGUUCGUGCAAGGCGUCGUGCACGAGACCAUGCUGCUCAUGGCCAAGGACAAGCUCGUGCUGAGCACGAUCGACGCCAAUGUCUGUCUGAGCGCGCUGCUCGUCAUCGUCGACUGGCUUGUUCGAUGCGGGUUUUACCCCGACAUGGAGGCCAUUGAGCGCCUCUUGAUGCCGCUGCUCCUGCUGCUCGACGGCCGCAACACGGUCUACAGUCCGUCGGCACUCGCGCUCGUCAACAGCUCGCAGGCGACGUUCGACGACACGACGCGCUAUAACCGCAACAAGCUCAACGACGCGUUGACCAAGUGCAAAAUGCAAAUCUGUGACAUUUUGCAGGCCAUCAACGUCGUGUGGCGCAACUACGAAGUGCUUUCGCUGCUGUCGCACUUCAAGUACGUUGGCUUUCAAGACAUCACGACGCCCACCGCCGCCAACGACGACAUUGACGACAAUGACGAUGACGACGGUGACCACGCCGCGAGUCCGGACGACGUGCCACGCCGCCGCCCGAGAGCAAAGAAAAAGAUCGGAAAGCGCCAAAAAGACGAGUCCGCGCGGCUGCUUGCACCACCAAAGAAGCACAGCACGUUCUUGCAGCUCUUUGCCAAGGGCAGUCUCGACAUGCGGUCGAUUGCCAAGCUACCGCUGGCGACCAUCUGCAUGGAUCUCAUGAUGUACGAAGACGACACGCUUGUACACGCGGCGCUCGCUCUCAUGCUGCAGCUGCACACGCGCCAGGACCAAGUCCUUUCAUACCUCGGGCAGUGCAUCCUCGUGCGGCCGUCCGUGGCGUCGGCGCGCAUUGCGUCCAGCUCCAUUUCGAGCGCCCAAGUGCUCAAGGAGAUGGAGUACAUGGGCCCGUUGCUGCGCCAUUACAUGACGUCCUUUGCAUCCCCGUCGCUCUGCGAUCAAAUGCUCGAUGUCAACAAGGUGCCGCUGGGCUAUGCGGGCGUCGCCCAUCUAUUGGUCGACAUCCUGCGCAAAAUGCAAGAAUUUUGCGUCGACAAACUCAACGGGUCGGAAUUGCGCGAGCCAAAUCUGGAGAAGCAGACCAUUUUGCUCCAACUUCAUACGCAUCUGGACGUGAUGGAGCUGCUGCGCAUGCCGACGACGUUGAUCGAGCCAAAGUACAAAGCCAACUUGAUGGCGGUGAAAGCCGAGUGCUGUCUCUUCUUCCAGCGGCUCAUGGCCCGCAACCCCAUGGGGCAGCGCCUCGUGUUUCCGUGUUUGCCCGAUUUGAUUGCGCGAUUUGAGGAGCUGCAGAACAUUGGCGACGUGCUCAUCGCGAUCUUUGUCGACAACCGCGACUUGUGCUCGAGCAUUCCGGAAGAAGCAAUCUGGACCACGAUGAAGCUCCUCAACGACCUCCUCGCGCAGCUCGCGGCCGGCGCCGACGACGGGUUCAGCACCAUUUGCACGAUUCUCAAUUUUUUCACGCAUUAUAUGAUCCCGGAUCAAGUGCCCAUGAAGUCCAACCAGGUCCAUCUCUUCUCGGUGCUGUCGCACCCGCAGUUUGAACACACGAUUCUGCCGUUCGGACGCGGCAUUGAGCCGAACAUGGAGGUCGGGUCCGUCGAUCUCAUGACGACCGAUGGCUACCUCUCGCUGCUCGACCUUGUCCGCAACCCGAACGCGAGUGCGCAGCUGGUCUACUUUGAAAAGUCGCUCGAGCUCCUUGGCUGCGUGUGCCGCGGCAAGACGUACAAGACCGAAGUCGAGUGCCAGCAAUUGUACCCGCUCAACUUUAUUCUGACACUGCUCUUGGACGAAGAAAUGCCGCUGACGCUCAAAGUCGUCGCCGGCAAAUUUCUCGCCGAAGUGUUCUUGGACACGGACUUGGACGUGGACCCAAAGAUCGGGGUCCUUCCCGCCAUGUGGAGCGUUCUAUUGCACUGCUCGACGCAAAUCGCGGCCUACAACGCCUUUCUCUACAAGGACCAAGCGCCAUCGUCGGCCGAGUCGACGCCCAAAGCCAACAUCACGUUCGACGAGCUCGCGCGCUACGUGUUUGAGGGGAACUUGAGCAUCGUCACGGCGUUCUUUAGCUGCGUCUACAACCCCAAGGCCGACGACCUCGAUGACAAUACUGUGCACAUUGUGCACGCGCUCCGGUCGGACAUCAAGUCGCUCAAGAAACGUGGCAAGCUCGACGUAGCCCAGCACGAGAUUUGUGAUUAUUGCGGCAUCGCGCUCGGCUUGCCAAUCGAGAAGAAACCGACGCUGCCGCCGCUGCGCCGCACGCCGUCCAACACGUCGAUUCGACACCGCAACGCGAUCGUCAAGCACCGGCCGAAUGCGACGCUCGUCGAGACCGUCGCGACCGCAAGUUCGUUUGACCAGUUCAAGUGGUCGCUUCUCGAGGCGCCCGACAUUUGCGCCAGCGUUCAUGCCGAGCUCCAAGAAUUCGUCGACGUGAUGGAGACGAUCGAGGCGCUGACCGACAAGUCGCGCCCGGACGCUGGUGCGGACCGCGCCAACACGAUCACCAAGCAGCUCUUGGCAUCGCGCAUCAUGAAGUUCAUCGCUGACAACCCUACGUCGAGUUGUGUUGUCAGUACGCUCGAAAUGCUCGUCCGCACCAUUUCAUCCAAAGCGCUGUCCGAGGACGCCAAGCUGCGGCUGCAGCGAGCCGAGAUCGAAGAGGCCCAAGAAAUGUACCAAACCACACAGACGUUUAUGGCCACGUGUGGCGCUGCGCGGCUCGUCUUGACCUUGAUCGCCAAUGCGUACAACCCGGGCACGAUGCUCAAGGCCAUUGAAUUUGGCCUCAGCCUCGUUCGCGGCGGCAACGCGACCGUGCAAGCCAUGCUCUACGAGAGCAUGCAGGCCAGCGACGAGCGGUUCUUUAUGCAAAUUGACCGGAUUCUGCAAGCCGCCAUCGAAAAGGUCAAGGAGACACGUCGGACGAUCAAGUACAUUGCCGAGUCGCGUCUCGCCGUCUCGACGCCGUCCACAGGCCACGGCGCAGCCGAGUGCAGUCGCGCCACAGACAACCUCUUGGCAUUCACGCAUUCGGACGCAGACGUGGUCAUCUCGGGCGACCUGCUCAUCCACUUUCUUUCCAUGCUGGCUGAGGGGCACAACCUGCAAAUGCAGCUCGUCAUGCUCGACCAGUCGCAUGUUGGCAACCUUAUGAGCGUCAACUUGCUUCAGACGGUCACGUCGUACCUCGCGAUCCUUGUCAAGGACGAAGCGCAGCUUCAAAACAUGAGUGCGGACGACUGCCGGUCCCUCAACGCGUGCUGGCUCUUCUUGACCGAGUACAUGCAAGGCCCCUGCAGUGCGAUCCAAGAGUACCUCACGGGCUCCGUCAUGGUCGAGAUCUUUCGUAAGACGCUCAAGGCGCACAUCAACGUGGUGGAUGCGUCGGACGACACGCUCCCGACCGCGGACGCCGUCAAGACGCUCAAGGCCAACGCUGUCAAGACGAUGGUGAGUCUCCUCGAAGGCCGCAGCGACGACCGCGUCGAGGCGCGUCUCCGGAGUACAUUGGAGCUCAAAGCCAUCAAGAACCGCCUCCUCGAGCUCUACGAACAGUACCAUGCCGAGAAGGAGGAGCACAACGGAGAUAUGGCGUGGCACGAGGAGUUUCUGGAUGAAGGCGUCAACCUCUUCACGCUGGCGCAGUGCGUGUUUCGACCGUCCAGCGACACCAAGGCCGACGACGAUACGCUCGUCCCCGAGUCGACCAAGACGUCCAAGGCGCCUCGCCGCGGCGACUAUGCGAGCGAGGCAGCGUUCAAAGCUGCCAAGGCCGACUGGCGGCACAAGUCCAUGUACGCCAAGGCCUACAAGUUCUUCGACGACCUCCACUGCACGAUCGAAAUUUGGUGGGGCACCGACGAACCGCGGCUCGAUACAGUGCAUUUUCCACUGCAUUCGCACUGCCGCAUGUUUGCGUUUCUUGGGCACAAGAAGGAACGUCUCUUGAACGACUUUGACUACAAGUCGAACGAGCGCCUCAAGCAGUUCGUCCAAGCGGCGCGGGGCCUCGACGAGGAGAUGCAGCACAUUGAGAUGCUCAGUCGCUUCCUCCUGUACAACCUCAUUCGACCGUACAUUCCGCUCUUCAAGUCGCUCAGUUUUAUCUUGGCCAUCUUUAUGAACCUCAUCAUGCUGGUCGCCCUCAAGCACAACGACGAGAGCACGGACCGCCACUUUGAGCCGAAUGGGCUCCAGCAACCGAUGCAGUACUUUGGCAUGCUCCAGAUCUUCCUCUCGACCGCCGUGCUGGUGUUUAUGCUCGUCAUUAGCGUCCCGCUCGUCUUUCGCGCGCGCCGCAACGCGCAGAUCAAAAACCUGCUCGACUCGUACAAUGCGAGCAAGAAGCAGCGCAAGCUGGAGAGCCUCGAGUUUGAUCUCGCCGAUCUGAAAGCGAUCCAUCUCCAGAUCGACGAAGUCGGCAAGCAUCUGAAGAGCGGACUUCUCGGGCUCACGUCUACGGCCAAAGGGCUCGUGGAGUCGCUCGUCCAGAUUUAUCAUUCAUACCUUCCGCUCUUGCGCAUGAUCUUGCUCAUCUACCUUCUGCAACUGACGCUGCUGCAGGCGUUUCCCGACUUUCCCACCGAAGUGCCAUUCAUCAUUCUCUUCUUGCCGUUCGUACGCAACACGCGCAACUACCUCGAAACGAGCUGCUCGUGGUUUGGUCUGGUCUACACGCUGGUCUACGACGUCAUCUUUGACAAACACACGGCGUUCUACACCGUGUACCUCGGGACAGCGUGCUGCGCUACGAUGUACCACCCCAUCUUUUAUGGCUACCACUUGCUGGAUCUGGUCAUCAUGAGCCCGUCGCUCCAGAAUGUGGUGCGCGCCGUGACCAAACCCGGGCGGGCGCUCGCGCUCACGUGUCUGCUCGGCCUCUUUGUGAUUUACUUUUACACGAUGGUGCUCUUCUUCUUCACGCCGUCGGACGCAACGGACGAGGUCGAGCACGUGCCGUACUGCUCGACGAUGAUGGACUGCUUCCUCUUCUUCGUGCACCGGGGUCUUUUGAGCGGCGGGGGCAUCGGUGAUUUUCUCACCAACGGUCUCAACCACCCGCCGAAUUACUUCAACCGGAGCAUGUACUGGGCGCGCGUCUUCUUCGACUUGAGCUUUUUUGUGCUCGUGAUUGUGCUGCUGCUCAAUAUCGUGUUUGGUAUUACGAUCGACACGUUUGGCGAGCUUCGCACCGAAGCCAACGAGAAGGAGCGCCUUAUGAAGAACCAGUGCUUUAUCUGCGGUCUCUCGCGCGACGUCUUUGAGAAUCACUACACGGAGCAAGGCAUCUCGGACGGCUUUGCCAAGCACAUUGCAUCCGAGCACAACAUGUGGAACUACCUCUACUUUAUCGUGCAUUUGCGCGCAAAAGACCUCACCGACUGCACCGGGCCCGAGGCGUACGUCAAGACGCUCCUCGAGAAGGACGACCACUCGUGGUUCCCCCAAGGCAUGGCGCAGUGCCUCACGCGGGCCAACGUGGCGUCCACGGAGCGCGAUCUCAGCGACAUCAAGGGCCAGCUCAAGGCGUUGAGUGCGCAGAUGGAGCACAUUGCGUCCGUGGCCACGGAGAGCGCCUAGAACCAACUAAAAACUUGUAUAUGCAAGUCGUUCAUGUGAAUCAGUCG